GAAGAAGAAGAGACCUGGCAGCCUUAGCUGCACACUAUGGCUUACCCCCCGGAAGUUUUGAAGGUCGACGGCAACAAACUGAAGAACGGUGAAGAGCACCGGACCAACACCAUACGGUGCAAUGAGCUUUAUCUCCGCCGAGGACAACCCUUCACCAUCACAUUGGUUUUUUACCACAGAGGAAACGAUGACAAGUUAGAUAACAUGAGGCUCAUUGCCCAAACAGGUCCUUAUCCAUCGAAACACACAGGGACCCUAAUAGAGUUUCCGGUAACAAGGCUGCGGGAAAAGGCAUGGAGCGCUGAGGUGGAGAGCGAAUCCGUUAAUUCUUUGUCGCUGACUAUCUGCUCCUCCGUGACAGCUCCUAUUGGACGAUACAGUCUACACCUAGAAGGCGCCUACUGGGGGAAAGUCAAAUCCUACUACUUAGGGGACUUCAUCUUACUGUUUAAUCCAUGGUGCCCAGAUGAUGAUGUCUUCCUGGGAGAUGAAGCGAUGAGACAAGAAUACGUGAUGAAUGAACACGGUUUAUUGUAUCAGGGAAGCAAAGACUUUAUCACCACCACACCGUGGAACUUUGGCCAGUUUGAAGACGGAGUAGGUGAAAUUUGCCUGAGAAUCUUAGACAUGAGCCCGAACCAUCUGAAGAACCCGUCUAUAGAUUGCUCCAAGAGAGGAGACCCUGUGUACAUCAGUAGAAUCGUCUCCGCCAUGAUCAAUUCCAAUGAUGACCGGGGGGUGGUGGAAUCUUGCUGGGACGAAUCCUUCACCACCGGAGUCAACCCCAGCACCUGGAACGGAAGUGUUUCUAUUCUGAGGCUUUGGCACAACAGCGGCUGCAUGCCGGUUCGAUAUGGACAAUGCUGGGUUCUGGCUGGAGUGAUGUGUACAGUGAUGAGGUUCCUGGGAGUUCCGUCCCGUGUGGUGACAAACUUUGAUUCGGCACAUGAUACAAACCUUAGUCUGACUGUGGAUGAAUAUUAUGACGAAACUGGGAAGAAGCUGGAGCCCCCGGAAGGAGACAGUGUCUGGAACUUUCAUGUCUGGGAUGAAUGUUGGAUGGCAAGAAAAGAUCUCCGUCCAGGUUAUGAUGGCUGGCAGGUUCUGGAUCCCACCCCUCAGGAGAUCAGCGGAGGGACAUUUUGCUGUGGUCCAGCCCCUGUGAAAGCCGUCAAAGAAGGAGAUAUAGACGUAGAUUAUGACGUUGCGUUCGUGUACACGGAGGUGAAUGGUGACGUCAUUCACUGGGUCCUGCGAGACGGUGGAGUGGAGAAAGGGCUGGUGAACACCCUUAUCAUCGGCAAAUCCAUAAGUACAAAGAGCGUUGGCCUGAGCACCAGAGAAGACAUAACAGACCAGUACAAGUAUGAAGAAGGGACGGCCCAGGAGCGGGCUGUGUUUGAGAAAGCUUUGUCCAAAUUGAAAUCUAAGAAGCCAUUCCUGGAUAGAAAUCCGGUCGUGGCUCUGGACUUUAAUACGUCCUUGAAGUUGGGGCAAUCCCCUCUGAUCGGACACCCGGUCAUUCUUAGCUAUCGUGUCCAUAAUAGAAGCUACGAACCGAAAACCUUUCAAAUAACCUUCAGCGCUCAAGAGAUGAUGUAUAAUGGGAAGGCUCUGGAGCAAUUCUGGACUGAAAGUUAUGAGGUCAAUGUCGGUGGAGGCAAAGAUAUGGAGACAGAUUUUCAGCUCCAUCCCGUCCAGUAUCAGAGAUUUGUACGUCCGGGGAAUAACAUCAGACUUACUGCGCUGGCCACAGAUCUGAAGACCAAGAAACUCAAAUUAUCAUCUAAAAACAUUGUAUUCGAGCUUCCUGAGAUAGAUAUAAAGGUUUAUGGAACGCCACGACUCAACCAAGCUCUUACAGUCAUCCUAUCCUUCCCCAACCCUCUCAAUGAGGUCCUGAAUAACUGUAUGAUGUCUGCGGAGGGCACAGGUCUCUUCCCUAAUGGCCCCGUCAGAGUCCACAUGGAUCAGGUAUUCCCCCGUCGCGUUGGCCUUGUGAGGAUAUUCUGUGUGCCGACCAAGUCGGGACAGCUGCAGCUGGAGGCGAACUUUUCCUGCAACCAGUUAAACUACGUCAAGGGAAGUGUUAUUAUUGAUGUCCCAUGGAUGUGACCGGGAAAUGACUCCUGACAUACACCAUAUCUACUUCUCAGGAAAGCCAACACAAUUCUCUACCUUGGAGCACAUGUUUACUAUUCCAUUCUAACCAUUUAUGUAUUUUUCUUUGUUACAUCUAUCUCUGUAAACACUUUUCGUAUGUAAGCGAAUCGGAAGAACUGGAAAUAAUCUUUAUUUGCCACGCAAGAGGAAUCAAUGAGGUUAUAUGUGGAAUUAGUACUUUUUACCUUGCCCAUUCACAAGGCUACAUGAAUGAUCCACUGGAUGUCAAGCCCAUAAGAUGCUCAACGAAGUCCACAUUUCUAAAGAAUCGACCCCCUAUUCGGUAGGACACUAUGCUUUGUGGUUCAAAAACUAGGCAACUUGGGGUCGUAACAACAUGUCCAGUACCGGUUGAACAUUCUAUGGGAUUAUGUAACCACAAAAAAAGAAAAAAAUCCGGCACUGUCCCUUUAAACCAAGCAAUAGGUAUGUUCAAAGGUGGAAUCAGUG